AUGACCCCCACUACGCGCACCCACCUCGUCGCAAACUGCAUUCAAGCCUGGGGUCAUGCUCGCCCAUUGGUCACCUUCUGUGCACAUCUCGUCAAAAUGCAGACAGACCUUUGUGUCACACUGCUGUCUACCGGCAUACUGUUUGAUCGUCUCACCAAAGAAGCAGCACGCAACUUUGGGGACGGCGAUGAGUCGCCCCAACGCCUUAGGAUCGUCUGUAUGGGUGCCGCGACCGAUUUAAUCGGAGACGGUCUCAUAGAGCCUAUGUGGAAAGCGCUGAUCGCAGGCGAGAGUUUGGAGUGCCAGCAGACGGGUACUACCUACGACCCUCUUCCAGCCCCCACGGUUGUAAUCCUCGAUUUCUUCGCGAUCAAGAACACCAGAAUAGUCCGGUCCCUGAGCGGCAGCUCUGUCAAGAUCUACUCAUGGUGGUCUGGACUCGCCUACAGCAUCCUGUAUCAAUUUGGAGACGCGCAUGUUGGCGGUCUCGGCAACAUCCGUGUGCGGGCUGAAGAGGAAUCGCGUAAAUCUGGGCGGCCCUACCACGAAGUAGCGACAGAGAUGUUCUACACCAAGUACGGGGGUGUUGUUAGGCUGCCUGGCCUUCCUCCAAUGUACGAUUACGAUAAUUACCCCCAAGACUUUGAAUUCGGAGGUGACACUUUGAUAGAAUUCCUUCCUCAGGUCAACGAACAUAUAGCCAUGACCGACGGAGCCCUCCUCACCUCGUUCGAGUCAUGGGAGAAAGACAGCAUACAAGUGGCGAGGAACUGGUUGGCGGAAACCGGCCGGCCAGUCUACACUACUGGUCCACUGCUGCCACCGGCAUCGAAGACAUCGGUUGCGAACGAGAAAAUCCAAUCUCCCGAAGGCGCGGAGAUUGAGGCGUUCCUCGGCGAGAUGCUUUCACGCUCCGGAGAGCACUCUCUGCUAUACAUAUCUUUUGGGUCCAUCUUCUUCCCUGUGAAGACGCCGGAGAAGCUGUGGGCGUUCCUCGAAGUCGUGGUGGAGCUCAACAUCCCCUUCAUCAUGAGCGCGGCGUCCCCCUUCUGCGUUGUUCCGGACGAAGUGAGGGUGAAGGUGAAAUCGUACGGGAAGGGCUUGAUCUCGACUUGGACACCUCAGCAGAUGAUCCUUGACCAUCCCGUCACCGGAUGGUACCUCAGUCACGGCGGCCAGAACGGCGUCACGGAAGCAAUCGCGUCUUGCGUUCCACUUAUCAUGUGGCCGUUCACAGCGGACCAACCUAUGAACGCUGUGCUUGUGACGGACGUGCACAAGGUUGGCUAUGAGCUCCUGGAGGUCCGAUCGGGGUCGGGUCUGCAGAAGAUUUUCCGGACGGGGUACACGCCAGUGGGGACCAUUGACGCAGUCAAGGCUGAAGCAAGAGACGUCCUUGGGAAAGCUUUCGGGAAGGACGGGGAGGAUAAGCGUGCGCGCAUGCGGGUAUUACAGCAGGCGUUGCUUUCCGAGUGGGAAGAGGAUGGCACGUCGAAGCGCGACGUUUCCGCGUUCUUGGAGAGCUUCUGA